GAGCCUGAAAAGCUUCUUUUCUAUUUUGCCCCUCUCUCUCUCUCUCUAUCUGUUUAUUUUCUCUUUCGCUUCUCCGCUGUAGAAAAUCUAGAAUCCCCUUCUUCUUUCCAAUUCGUUUCCCUCCACAGAUCUCCAAAUUCCCUCUGUCCAACCCUAAAUUCAUCGUCCCACACUCUCUCUCAACAAUUCACACUGAUCCAUUUUCUAUGCGCGGAUGAUUCUAGAAACUUCCAUGAACCUUCCCGAUAAGGCGCGUUUCGCUGCUGUCUUCAUGGACCACCGCCACCCUUACCAUGCCUGAGCUGCGUAGCAGACCACGCAGAACCCGGGCACCCAAAAACCCCGACCCGAUUCUGAACCAGAACCCGAACCCGAUCACCCAGCCUCAGCCUCAACCACCUCAGAAGCUAACUGUGCGGAAGACUAGGACCGCACAGAACAAGAAGAAUAACAAUAAUAAUCAGAAGAAGAAUAAGGAAAAGAAGGCAGUUGGUGUCGGCAAGAGGAGGAGGGCCAAGGCUGGUCCGGUCAUUGAAACGAGGUCGUUUAAGUUAGACGAAGAACAGGCUGGUGGUGAGGGAGCCAUGGAUGAGUACGAUAGCGGUGGCCGCAGUGCCGAUAAAGGUCCCGGAGCUGAGGAUGAGGGCUUAGCUCCUAUUCCCGAGAAGGUCCAGGUUGGUGGUUCCCCAGUAUACAAAAUAGAGAAGAAAUUGGGGAAAGGAGGCUUUGGACAAGUGUAUGUAGGUCGACGCAUGGGGACUGGCCCUGGAGCUGUUGAGGUUGCGUUGAAAUUUGAGCAUAGAAGCAGCAAAGGAUGUAACUAUGGCCCACCUUACGAAUGGCAAAUUUACAAUGCACUCGGCGGUAGUCAUGGGGUGCCACGAGUUCAUUAUAAGGGCCGUCAAGCUGACUACUACAUCAUGGUGAUGGAUAUGCUUGGACCUAGCUUGUGGGAUGUCUGGAAUAACAGCUCACACACGAUGUCAAUUGAAAUGGUUGCGUGUAUUGCCAUUGAGGCAAUAUCCAUAUUGGAGAAGAUGCACUCUAGAGGAUAUGUACAUGGGGAUGUGAAACCUGAGAACUUUUUGCUUGGUCCCCCUGGUACUCUUGAGGAGAAGAAGCUGUUUCUUGUUGACCUUGGAUUAGCCACCAGGUGGCGAGAUUCAACUGGCCAGCAUGUUGACUAUGAUCAACGACCAGAUGUUUUCAGGGGAACGGUAAGGUAUGCAAGUGUGCAUGCUCAUCUUGGUAGAACUGGCAGCAGGCGAGAUGACUUGGAAUCUCUAGCUUACACACUGAUAUUUCUUCUUCGUGGCCGGUUGCCAUGGCAAGGAUAUCAGGGAGAAAAUAAAGGAUUCCUUGUCUGCAAGAAAAAGAUGGUCACUUCCCCAGAAACUCUGUGUUGCUUCUGCCCUCAGCCAUUCAGACAGUUUGUUGAGUAUGUGGUGAAUUUGAAGUUUGACGAAGAACCGAACUAUGCAAAAUAUAUAUCCCUUUUUGAUGGGAUUGUUGGUCCAAAUCCAGAUAUCAGGCCAAUAAAUACUGAUGGUGCUCAGAAGCUUAUAUGUCAGGUUGGACAAAAGAGAGGAAGAUUGACCAUGGAGGAGGAGGAUGAUGAGCAACCAAAGAAGAAGAUUCGUAUGGGGAUGCCUGCAACACAAUGGAUUAGUGUAUACAAUGCUCGUAGGCCUAUGAAGCAAAGAUAUCACUAUAAUGUUGCAGAUGUGAGGCUCUCCCAACACAUUGAGAAAGGAAAUGAGGACGGGUUAUUUAUUAGCAGUGUAGCUUCAUGUUCAAAUCUUUGGGCUCUCAUUAUGGAUGCUGGCACUGGCUUCAGUUCCCAAGUUUAUGAACUUUCUCCCUAUUUUCUUCAUAAGGAAUGGAUUAUGGAGCAAUGGGACAAAAACUACUAUAUCAGCGCAAUAGCAGGAACUAGCAAUGGAAGCUCACUAGUUGUAAUGUCUAAAGGGACACAAUUCUUACAGCAGUCAUAUAAAGUCAGUGAGUCAUUUCCUUUCAAGUGGAUUAAUAAAAAAUGGAGGGAAGGAUUUUAUGUUACUGCAAUGGCCACUGCCGGGAGUAGAUGGGCUAUUGUUAUGUCCCGUGGUGCAGGAUUUUCUGACCAGGUUGUGGAACUAGAUUUCCUGUAUCCAAGUGAAGGCAUUCAUCGAAGGUGGGAUCAUGGUUUCCGCAUCACGUCAACUGCAGCAACUUGGGAUCAGGCAGCUUUUGUCCUUAGUGUUCCGAGGAGAAAACUGGCAGAUGAAACUCAAGAGACGCUUCGAACUUCUGCUUUUCCUAGUACUCAUGUUAAGGAGAAAUGGGCAAAAAAUCUGUAUAUUGCAUCUAUUUGUUACGGUCGAACUGUCUCAUGAACAGCCAAAGUUAUGUUGGGACGCCACUGAUGAAAUUCUGACGAUUCACCUUUAUGAACCACAAGCCAGCUUUUACCAUUUAGUGACUGUUCAGAAGCAAAAAUCCUCUCACGGAAAAUUUGAUUGGUCUUUGCAUAUGGGAGUUGAUGUACGCUAAACUCUUCUUUAUCGCCACCAUAACAUACAUCUGUUACAAGUACUUGUGCACUGUCUUUCAAUCUUUUGAGCUUAUUUAUAUCUUUCAUGCCCAUUGGGAAGUUAUUUAUUCUUGCCUAUCGUUAGAAAGAUUGUAUAUUUCUGAGCAAUAAUUCCUCGGUUGAAGGCAUGUGCACAAGUCAUGUUUUGAUUAUUGAUAGAAUUUGGGAAAGUGCUCCUAUGAUUAGAUGUGUCUCUGGACAUUCUGAGCCCUUAAGUCUGUACUUAGUUUUCUUCAUUUUUUCCCUGGGGGGUGAGAGAGCUCCUUUGUGGACUUUAAGAUGAGAUGUCUCAGUUUGACCUGAAAAACAGAAAACAGUUGUAUACUUGCAAGCGUGAGUAUGUAAUGGUUUCUUAAUUAUUUUUUGUUUGUCUCGA